AUGGCGAGCAAAGGAUUCCUCUUUGUUGUUUUGGUUCUUGUGUUCUCCAGUGGUGGUGCCUUCAGUGCAAGAGUUAUUGGGCUUCCUCUGGGUCCAAACCCGAUACCAAGUGGGCCUCUUUCCGGAUAUUUGAAUGGAUUUGAAGUCCCGAGUGGUCCUUAUCAUGAGGAUCGUGAUGCCCCUCCUCCUCCUUCUCCUCAACACUCGCAGCCCAUCAUCCCUCCUCCAACUGUUCACGGGCACAAACAUUUCGGAUAUUUGAAUGGAUUUGAAGAGAGAAAGCGUUUAGUCCCGAGUGGUCCGAAUCAAGAGGGUCAUGAUGCCCCUCCUCCUCCUCCUCCUCCUCAACACUCGCAGCCCGUCAUCCCUCCUCCAAUUGUUCCACCUCAACACUCGCAGCCCAUCAUCCCUCCUCCAACUGUUCCAUGA